CCGAGGUCAUUACUAGUUUUUGUUUCCUGCUUGGAAUUGGUAUAUAUUACAACAAGACUCGACCUGAAUACUCUGAAUAAACUGCUGAAUUACCACAAAUUGAAUCAAAUCCACAGACUGUCUCUUCGUUCAUUAUGAAAACAGACCACAGUUCGGUUAUUUCUGGUGUAAGUUGGUCUAAGUUUGUUGGUAUCUUUAGUGUGUUUGUCUAGUGUUCUCCAUGUCGAGUACAAGCUGUGCGAACACGUACAAUCUAAGCAUGUUCAAACCAGUCAUGACGCAGCUAUGAUGAACACACUCGAGAAAUAUUUGUCGAAGAAGAGAUUCGUCGAAAGCCAUAAAUCAGGAUUAAGAUUGAGGCAUCGUCGAGACAAUCACAACAACAAUAACUCCUCGUCCGGUGACGAUCUUCUUUUUAAUCAAAUUCAAGAGGUUCGGAUGUUCUUAAGAAACUUUGAAGGUUUACAAAGUUUAAGCGGACCUAGAGGAAAGCAAGGACCUCCAGGAACACCCGGCAAAAGAGGCCCACGUGGCAAACAUGGACCAAGAGGACCACGCGGUAAACAAGGACCCAAAGGACUUUCAGGACUUAAUGGGCCUCCAGGACCUCCUGGACCACCUGGUGCUCCAGGACAACAAGGACCGGUAAUUACGUYAUAGAUCCCGAUGGCCAAUCAGGACAGUCUUCAUUCACCGUGUAUUGUGACAUGACUAAUAAGGGAGGGGUGGGGGGUGACGGUUGUCAGUCAUGAUAGUGAGGCUAGGACUCUUG